CGGAGCGCCCCGGCCCGUCCCGGCCCGUCCCGCCCGGCCCGGCCAUGCCGCUGCGGCUGGCGCUCUGCCUGCUGGCGCUCUGCAGCCCCGCCGCCGCGCACGGUGGAAUCUGCUGGCUGCAACAGGGGAGGGAGGCCAAGUGCACCAUGAUCCUGAAGACAGGCGUGACGUGGGAGGAAUGCUGUGCCAACGGCAACGUGGACGUGGCCUGGUCUAAUUACACCUACCCAGGCAACAAGAUCAGCCUGCUGGGCUUCCUGGGGCUGGUGACCUGCCACCCCUGCAAAGAGAGCUGCGAGGGGGUGGUGUGCGGCCCCGACAAGGUCUGCAAGAUGAAGCACGGGCGUCCCCAGUGUGCCUGUGCCCCCGACUGCUCCAGCCUGCCCCGCAAGCUGCAGGUCUGCGGCUCCGAUGGCUACACCUACCGGGACGAGUGUGACCUGCUGACAGCCAAGUGCAGAGACCACCCCGACCUCGAAGUGAUGUACCAGGGGAAAUGCAAAAAGUCCUGCUCCAGCGUGGUGUGUCCUGGCACGCACACCUGCGUGGUGGACCAGACGGGCAGCGCCCACUGCGUGAUGUGCCGGACUGCCCCCUGCCCAGAGCCCACCAGCCUGGACCGAGCCCUCUGCGGCAACAACAACGUCACCUACCCCUCGGCGUGCCACCUGCGGCGUGCCACCUGCCACCGCGGCCGCUCCAUCGGCGUGCGCCACUACGGGAGCUGCUCAGCUGCGGCCAAAUUCUCCGCGGAGACGGACAGCGUGGAGGAGAACUAUGUGUGA